UAUAAAAAGCAAAAAAACAAACGAAGAAGAAAAGGAAAAGCAUAAUUUUUUUUUUGCGUUCCGGAUACGAAGGAAGCGAAACGCCAACUAUUGGCUGAAAGACGUUCGAAAACGUAACUGAAAAAUAUCAAUUAUAAAAGAAAAAAACGUCAAAGAGAUAACAAGAAAAAAUAAAUAAAAGGAGAGAGAGGAUUUUAUCAUCAGCAGAGAACGUGUAUCUAAAAAGAACAACAUCAACCAAAUAAAAAAAACCAAUUAUUAACUAAACAACAACAGCAACAGAUUUACGCGAACAGCAAGAACAUGUCUUCUGAAUCAAUUUGCCAUAAAUGCAACGAAGUGAUUACACACCGCAUUAUAACUGCUUUAGGUAAAACUUGGCAUCCUGAGCACUUUGCCUGUAAAGAUUGUCAACUGCCCAUUGAGGAGGCCACCUUCAACAUACACGAAGGUGAACCGGUCUGUUCAAAAUGCUUUUUGAAAAAUUACUCCGGCAAAUGUUACGGCUGCAAGCAACCCAUAUUAGAGCGUACUAUUAAAGCUUUGGGUCAGACUUGGCAUGAGCAGUGUUUCUGCUGUGACGGACCUUGCCGGAAACCCUUGGUGGGCUCGUCAUUCUAUGAACGCGAAGGCAAAGCUUACUGCAAGAAUGAUUUCGAACAAUUAUUUGCUGCCCGUUGCGCUGGUUGCACCAAACCAAUUACGGAAAACGCUAUAGUCGCACUUGACGCCAAAUGGCAUAGAGAAUGUUUCAAGUGUAAAAAAUGCGCAAAUCCUAUAACCGCCGCUACAUUUACUGUGGAAGAAAACAAGCCCGUUUGCACCGAGUGUACCGCUUAGGAUAAUUAAAAAUCUCGCUAUUUUUUUUUAUUUGAUUAAAAGAAAACAACGAACAUUUUUAGUUAUUAGUAGACGACAUUUUUUCUCGCCUCUCCUAUAUAUAUAUAUAUAUAUAUAUAUAUAUAUAUAUAUAUAUUUAUAUGUAUAU